UAUUGAUUUCUUAAUUCUAAGAAAAAAUAAAAUAAAAAAUGGCAGCCAAUAAGGUGGUUCUGCUGGAUUGCCACUUCAGCAUGUUUGGCAUGAGGGCUAGAAUCGCUUUAGCGGAAAAAGGCGUUGACUACGAGUACAGAGAACAAAACUUGUUUGACAAAAGUGCGCUUUUGCUCGAGAUGAACCCGGUUCACAAGAAAAUCCCGGUUCUCGUUCACAAUGGGAAACCGGUUUGUGAAUCAAUGAAUAUUGUUGAAUACAUAGAUGAGGUUUGGAAGAAUAAUAAUUCUUCAUCUUUGUUGCCUUCUGAUCCUUACCAGAGAUCUCAAGCUAGGUUUUGGGCUGAUUUUGUCGACCAAAAGGUUCGAUUAUUUAUUUAUUAUUUGUUUAUUGCUCCUAUAUUAUGUAGAAAAAGAAUGUGGCUAAAAAAGGGAGAAGAGCAAGAAGCAGCCAAGAAAGAACUCCUAGAUGCCCUAAAGUUGUUGGAAGGAGAGUUGGGGAACAAGCGUUACUUUGGUGGCGAUAGCUUCGGAUUUGCUGAUGUGGCGUUGGUUCCUUUCUAUACAUGGUUUUACGCCUACGAGAAUCUCGGCAACUUUAGCAUUGAGGAGCAUUGCCCCAAGUUGAUAGAGUGGGGCAAGAGGUGCGUGCAGAAAGAGAGCGUCUCCAAAUCAUUGUCCGAUCCUCACAAGACUUACGAGUUCAUUGUGGGUUUGAGGAAGAAGUUCGGCAUUGAAUAGGCCGUACAAUCGAUCUUCAGAAAAAACGUCUUUUUU